AGUGGGCUGCAAGUCAAAUGAGCUCUCCGUCAUCCUGCCGCCGAGCACCGGAGGUACUGCGGUAAGAUGCGGCGACGCACGAUGCCGAGCGCUGGAUGAAAUGAUGCGCAAUGGCCGAACGAGUGGGGGGGGGAGACCGAAGAAGCAUUCACUAACUGCGGGGUCUGCCUCUGAUCUACACGAGAGGGCUACAGCGAUGCGUGUGUGACUGAUCUGUAGAGCUGCAGCUCCAGUGGUGCAGGCCGAGGGGAAGGAUGUGAUGCCGCUGAAGGAUGCUCCACAGCCCGAGGAGGGAAGAAUAGGCUUCGUCUGUAAGGAAGGAAGAGAGACAUUAAGUGAAGGACACUUCAUUUAAAGACACUAAGGCAUCGAAUAAGGUUGUUUGUGACAGCUGAGUCAGUCCUCAGUGAUGAGAGAGCGGCCGACAGGGAGGACGUUUAAGCUCUGAAGACAGCAUCACUGAGGAAAACAAACUUCUCAUUAUCCACUCCAUCAUCAGCGCCGACAAAUGGAUGUCUGACCUGGGCGUUUAUUUUCUUCAGGACUCUCAAAGUUGAGGAGGGAUAAAGAGAAACAAGCACUACUCCAGCUGGCUGUCAGGGAAACAGCUCAUUCUAUUUCUCUUUUUUGUCAGAAUGAACUAAGAUUUUAGAAAGAGAGUCUUUCAGUGUCGAGUAGAUUUGUCAGAAUGAAAUGAUACAGUAUUUCAUAAUGCUUACUGUAUUCUUCUUCCAACUAUGAUAUGUUUACCUUUUGAGCUGUCACGCUCUGAAUCAAGAAUAGACUCUUGAUAGUGCCAGCACUUCCUCUCAUGAAUAGGAUUUCAACUUGACCUGACCUGAUCUGAUCUGCAUUUUAAUAAAGCAUAAGCGAGGACAAACCAAUAAAACAUAGAUGAGGCCAACAACAAGCACCAUGCUCCAGCAGAAUAACAACAACAACUACCCCUGCCUGAACGUGUCGGGCUCCACCAGAGACAUGCUCCAGAAGUGCUCCAGAGCCUCUCUGCCCUUCCCCAGCCGACUGGAGCUGGGCCUGGGAGACCUGCCGCUGAUCCGGGGCCUCCGAGCCUGGGCCCUGUGCUCCAAGAACCGCCGGAAGGUGGGAGGAGGAGGACAGGCCCCCAUAGCUCCUCCUGCGGGCCGUGGGGGUUCCACUUCCUGCCCCAGGCCUGCAGAUGUGUACCUGAGUGGGGAGUGGGGUCGCAUGGGGUACGGGCUACCUCUGGGGCUGGACGCCAGGCAGGCUGGGCUUGGAGCCUUAGUUACAGUGGCCACUCUGAAGACCUCAGAGGGCAGCGGGAAGACACAGACUCAAUGCCUCUUCCUCCGGACUGAGAAAGGAAGCUGUUUGUACUCCACAGCCAAACCCAGUUCUGGGGGGACUACCAGUGCAGCCUCCAGCGUGGUUGGAGGAUGGCUGAGAGGGAAGACAGGAGGAGGAAACCGGGUUAGGGUGCGAUCUGGCCGGAGAUGGAGGAAGUCAAAUAAUGCUCUGGAAAAAAGAGGCGUGAGCAGAGAGAGGCAGCAGAGCAGCAGGGAGGAUCCUGCAGGAGAAAUCUCUCUGGAAGAAAGGCAGGAAGAGCCAGACAAAGGACGCCUGGCCAGUAAACAGCUUCCCAGCCCGCAGCAGGACAGCAGGAGAGCCAGGCAGGAGAGAGACGCAGCAAGCAGAAGUCCUAGAUGCUGCCACAACGCUUCUCCCAGAACCUGUGCUCGGUGUGUAAGGAGAGCACAGAGGAGGGGAAGCCAGGAUGGACACGAGGCAGGAGAAAGUCCAAGAAGAGGCACCUCAAACAGGAUAAAGGGUGAGGGGAAAGGAAUGAGGAAGGGCAUGCAAAGGAAUGAGGAGGAGGAAGAGAAGGGAGGCCUCUGCGGGUUAGAGUCAUCCAGUUCUGUUUGGGCUGUACCAGACCCUGAGCUAGAGUCUAACCACUCUCAUCCAGAAUCCAACAGCAGCUGUGAUGGUGAAGAGACUGGAAAAGAGAGCAACGAGGAGCUGAAGACACAAACCUCUCAAAGCAAGGACGACUAUUCAGAAAGAGAGGAGGAUAACAACUCUGAGGUUAUGAAACUAGAUACUGGAAACAAUGAUUCUCCUCUUGGCCACUCUGGACAGGGUAAUGUUACCUUAGGACUUAACAGAGAUCUUGAUGACAGAAAACCAAGUGAAAACCCCUGUGAAGAAGUAGCACCUAAUAUGAAUGGAUGUCCUGAUCAGUCUGGGGCAGAUCAAAACACUGACACAGAAAGGGAGAGUGUGGAUGUUGAAGAGAAGGAAGGGAGCAUCAAUCGGACUCCUGCAGAAUUCCCGGUUUUCUCCGACUGCUAUGAGGAGGUCUCUGUCUCCAUCAGCACUGCAGUCUCCCUUGAGCUGUCCACUCCUGUAGAGGGCAGCACCUUCAAUAAUGACCAUGAGAUGUGUGUUCAGAGAGAGCAAGUGAACUCCAGAACAGAUCCCCUUGAGGGGUAUCAACAAGGGGUGGCAGACCCAGGAAUCGUUGCUAAAAGAGAACUGGAUCUAAUCAGACUUGUGCAACCAGAACCCAACUGUGCGGCUGCCGAGAGCAACACUGUGAACACAAACAGGAAACCCCUGUUUUCCUUUCAAAAUGCAGGAAAUGGCAGCGUGCUACAGGAGAGAGAAGCUUCGUCUAAGCCUCCAGGACACAGAGAUCCUUCCAUUUCUGAGACAGACGGGAGGAACGUAACAGGGAACGAUUGCAACUGUAGUCCAACUGAGCUUAACAGAGCAGGGCCCAGAGAUGAGCUGGUGUUGGGUAAUAGAGAAGCAGAGUUACAUGAAGGGGAUACAGAGGAGAAAGAGGACACAUCUGGAGAGAUUUUGAGGAGGGAAUGCACCUGCUUUGAGCUGGACAAUGCCGAGGGCAAAGGUGACAAAGAACGAAAUACAGAGGGUCCCACAAAUGAAAGUUCCAUACAGGAGGAUAAUGACAAAAAGGAAACUGAAAAUUGUGCACAAAUGGACAAUUGGAGGGUAGAGGAGUCUGCAGGCGGAUGCAGGGGAAGGGGGAAAGAGGUUGUAGACACCUGUGGACAAUCAGCCCAUGUUGAAGCAACUGGAGAGACCGGCAGUACUGUUGCCUGUGCUGAUCCCCCCACCUCUCUUGCACUCUCCCUGGCUAAUCCUGCCCCCACUUUUCAGCCCCUGAGUUCCAUGGAAACCAGACUGCAAUGUUUGGACGAGAAUGUGGAGAAGGAAAGGGUCGGAGUGCUGGAAGGAGACGAAAAAGGAGGCCAGGAAGGGAAGAAGAGGCUCAGGAGACUAUUGGAGGAGCAGGGUGAGGCGGAGAGGGUCUCCACCGUGGCCACUGAGGAGGAGGGGAGAGAGGAGGAGGGGAAGGAGGAAGAAGAUGAGUUUGGAGUAUUCAUGCAGGCGGAGGGAGAGCCGGCCUGGAGCGAGGGAUCCACCACUGCCCCAGUGCCUUGUGGGAGCAGAGAACGUGUUGCACAUGGAAGCCGCGCCCUCGCUGGGGAGCCGACCCACUGGACACCAGGCUUGACGGAUAGCCUAAUCCACCAAUCAGAUGACAGGUGGACAGCCUUCCCUCAGGACUGGUCAGAUGAAGGUGGAGACAUGGUGGGACAGUGGUGGCCGACCAGCGCUGUGGAGGAGAGAAGAGAACCGGCCAAUCAGAAUCUGGCGGCUGUCUUUGCUGCAGCCUUCCCCUCGUCCUCAGAUGACCCCGGUGACCUCCAGACCGUCCCCACGCUGAGCCAGCUCCUCAGGGGCCGGGCCAGCCAGGAGCAGGGGCUGCUGGACACUUUCCAUGACUUGAACAAAAUGAUUUGCCAGAAAUACAAGAGAGGGAACGGGGUGUCUCGUGACCUGCUGCUGAGGACCUUCCACCUGGAGCCGCCGCGCACUGAAAGCAGACCCCCCCAAAGGACAGCCAAUCACCGUCUCUCCCCCGGCCUCCCCUCGACCAAUCAGCAUGCUCAUAACGCUGCUGCUAAGCGACGGUUGUCAUAUGACUACAACAGAAACAUGGAGUAACAGUGCGGCUCUGUUUGAACUGUGAUGCAUCAACGUUUUCCUGAAGGACUGCAGUGGCUGAAUUUCCAACACAUGUACUAUCUGUCAAACACUGACCUUUGACCUUUGCACCCUCCUGGUUAUUAGAACCUGGGCCGCUGUGAAGUCGGAUGAAAACAGAGCGACAGUUGGGUGUCAGAAGUUGUCUCCUCCAGCUCCUGUUGGAGUGUUUCCAUCACCGUGUGCCACCGUGUCCACUUUCUCUUCUUAUUUUUGCUUUCUGCCUCCGAGUGAUAUUUUCCUACCUAAUAUUUUAUUAUAGAUUUAAAUUGUAUCUCAAUAGAAAUAUGUCACUGUGUCAGAGCUGCUGUAUGACAGAAAUGUUCACGUUGCUUGAAGAAAUCUUAAUGGGUUGAGAAAAAGGGAGGAAGGAUUAAAAAUAAAUCAUUGUUUCUUGCAUUCAUGAUUUUAGAAGGUCAGCAUGCUUUGCUAACUAUCUUAUCUAAAAUGAAACAGGCAAACAUUUAUUCCCCUUGAUCUUUUUCUAUUAUCUUUAGCAAAAUAUGACAUUGAUGUCCUAUCCAGAACAUUGUCUGUAGCUCCACCAUGAGAUCCUUUCUUCCUCUGCAGCAACUCUGGCAGAAAGAUGUAGAGCUGAUGUGUUCAUGUCAUGUGGAAAAGGAAGAAAGCAAUAAGAGCAAAGGGUUUCUGUUCCAACCUGCAAUUAUUCAAAGGAUCAGACACUUUAAGAUGGCGAUUUGCAAAGUUAUUUCUUAUUAUAUUAAUAGUUAUUUAGCACUGAAUCCUUAAGGCUUAAAAAAAAAAGAGUCACUGAGUAAUUCAAAGUAAAGUAGGCAUUCCUGUUUGCUGUAACAUGCAGCACUGAAUAAAGUUAAACUAAUAGUGACAAAGAGCUGGAUUCAUGCAAAUGUCCAAGCUCUCCAUUUCUUAUUUUUCAAAGAUAGAAGCAACAGAGAAUCAUGUGAUCCACUGGAGGCAGAGUGAAGCAUUAUUUCACUCGCAGAAUUCUGAAGAUGUGUCCAGACCAGAGUUGGGUGUAACGCGUUACAAAGUAACGCGUCACUGUAAUAAUAGUACUUCUGUUCGUAACGGAGUAGUGUAAUGCGUAGUAAUCACACUACAGUUACUAACAUUGCCCCGACACGCGUUACUUCGUUACUUUUAUAAAAUAAUCACACUCACUGACAGACUAGAGGGGUUUCCGCCGCAGGUUUAUAUACA